AUGGCUACUGCACCAAUAUCUGUGUUUACCGGCAUCGGUGACAGGGUCGAGGCCAAAGAGCAAGUGAGGACCCUGGGUCUGUCUCAGCUAACCGCUAUCAAGGCAGCCCUCCAGAAUGAUGAGGUGGGAAGAUCUCAGGAAGGCUUGACGGAUUGGACUGCCAACUUGGGCGUCAUUGGAGAGACGGGCUUGGGAAAGAGCUCCCUGAUCAAUGCACUUCUGGGGUGCCCGAUCGUGCCCACCAGCAACUCCGAGGCCUGCACAGCCGCCGUUUGCAUCUUCGGGUGGAACUACGACAUCACCGACGGGAAAACCUUCAGAGCGAAGAUCACUUUCAAAAGUUACGAGACUGUGGAGGCUGAACUCGAUGCGCUCAAAUUUGAGCUGGCAGAUCUCGAAGAGACCAGUAGAGCGCAGGGAGAAGACCCGGACCCUGAGUACAAUGAUCGAUGCGCUCAAGCCACCAGGCAGAUCAGGAAUGUCGCCAGCUGGUCUAGACUUACACAGGAUUCGAUUCGAAAGUCAUCCCCGGCGCAGAUCAUUCAAAGCUCACCAGCUUUUGCCGACGUCUUUAGAAGGGGAAGGGGCGACAGAACAGAAAAAACCUUCAGACCCGUCAAGGCUGCGUCGAGACAGAGUUUUCUAGAUCUUCUCAAGCCCUAUGUGGCCAGCUCCAAGAGCGAGCUUCCAGGAGCGAAGUACUGGCCGCUAGUUGAGCAGGUGGAGAUUUUUCUCCAAUCCGAAGUUCUCCGUCACGGAAUCAAGCUAGUUGACCUUCCUGGUGUCAUGGAUGCUCUGGAGUCGCGCGCUCAGAUUGCGCGCAACUACCUCUAUCGCCUUGAGAAGAGAAUCGUUGUGACCCCAGCGACAAGAGCUGCCGACAACAGGGCAGCUGCAGACCUCAUCUUGUCAGAGCGUGAGACCAUGGUCCUGGACAUGGAAGACAUGCUGAAGCCUGAUUCACUCUGUGUAGCGAUCACCAAGAUCGAUGACAUUGAUUGCAGCUCUGCAGAGCAUGAGUUUCCCACAGACGAUAUUCGCAAAAUUUGUGGAGAGCUCAAAGACCGCGAGGAACGUGAAGAUGAUGAAUCGGGCGAGGACGAUGAUUUUGGUGGCAACGCUGAUCUUUACCAAACAGGUGAGAGACGGCAACGAGCUGAUGAAGCACUGACGCGCAGGGUGAGACCGAGAACCGGAUCUGGUGAACCUGAAGAGGGCGAUGAUUACUCUAGGAUGGACACAGAGGCACUCAAGUCGCUUCUCAAGUAUCUUUGCAUUAAGGAGCGCAAUAUCGAGUUGAAACAGAAGGUUGCCGACAAUCUCCUUGCAACGCGGAACAAGAACAGAAAAUCCCGAGCGACUGCCGACACCUUGCCCAUGGUGUUUCCUGUCAGCAGCAAGGCAUUUCAGUCAUUCAAACGGUCCACCAAAAGGAGCAACUUCGAGGGGUUCCAAGACCGUGAGUCGACCGGCAUCCCGCACCUGAGAACCUGGCUUUACCAGGUUUCUCUUGAAUACAGAGAGGAAUGGGUUGAUGGCGACAUCCACCAUAUGCAAGUACUCUUCGACGCAGCCGAUGGUUGGAGCCAAGGUGAUCACUUGCUCUCCCUGAAGCUCACCAAUGAUGAGAAGAAGAAGGUCAGGGAUGUCGUGACUCGUCUAAGCAACAAUCUCAAAGAUCUCAUCAAUAGCAAGGUUCGCGUUGUCAUUCAGCAGAAUCUCGCCGCCAUGAAGCCUCUGCGAGAUACAACUCUGAAAAAAACGAGUCUAGCCAGGAAAGCGGCCAAGGGAGAGCCAGAGCUGGCCAAAGCUGUUCAACUCUUGGGCCGAGCGGUUGAUGGGUGGGAGAGCAAGAAUUCACGAGCGAACGCUGCGGCGGUGUCCAAGCAUGAGAAGACUCAUUGGUCUACCUACAGGGCCUGCGUCAGAAGAAAUGGCGGCCCUUUCAACCGUCCAGCCAGAAACGGACAGGCGAAGUCUACAAUUCACUGGAUGGAUGAUGUGUAA